AUGGCGGAUGCAGACCCACCACCUCGUCGCCGGUCACGAUCACGAAGUCGAUCCCCGCCUAGACGACCAAAAGCCAGCGGGGGGUUCAAAUGGAAAGAGAAACGUCCUACUACUAGCGAAGACAGUCGCGACGGCGGUGGUCGAGACGGCAGCGACAAGAACCUCCAGCGCGGCUACCGCGACCGCUCGCCCCGGCGUGAUCGCGAUCGGGAUGAUAGACGGGAUAGAGACCGCGACAGCAACAAUGAUCGCUCGAGGCAAAAUCGCUCCCCGACCAGACGAGACCGCGACUCUGCUGCUGCCCCCCGGGAACGGGAUGCCACUCGUGACAGGCGCCGCUCCCCAAGACGAGAGCGCUCGCCACGACGGGACAGACCAAGGGAUAAGCCAAGAGAAGAAAAGAAGGAGAAGCCCAGGCAACCCACCGCGCCACAAGAAGAAAUGAUUGUCGUCACGGUGAAUGAUAGACUGGGCACCAAAGCCCAGAUCCCCGCUUUUCCCUCCGACACGGUCGGCCAGUUCAAGAUUAUGGUCGCCAUGAAGGUUGGCCGGGAGCCGCACGAAAUUUUGCUCAAGAGGCAGGGGGAGAGGCCGUUUAAGGAUCAUAUCACGCUAGGGGAUUACGGGGUUAGUAAUGGGGUGCAGGUUGAUUUGGAGGUUGAUACUGGGGAUUAA